CCUCUUUCUGCAGCGGCCAUGACUGUUUUGUUUUUGUUGUGACCUCCUUUCAAGCUCAUAUUCAUUUCCUCCGUUUUUAUGCCGGUAGAUUCUAUUUAUUGAGUUACUGCAAUUCACAAUGCGGGAUUUUACUGACAGACAGAUAGGCUACAAUCCGUUUUAAACUAAGGGAUUCUGUGUCAAGUCUGGUCCGUAUGGUUGAAUGACAGGUGAGACUCUAAUAAAGACAACAUGAACGACAGCGUUCAUAUUAGUUUAGCAAAAACGGGCAAAGACAGCCAAACCCCCGCACCCGCGGAGAGCAGCACCACCACCCCGUCCGACCAGGAGAACUUCCCGUACGACGCGGAAGACCCGGGCGACGAGAGCGACGUACCGGAGGCGAGAGACGACGAGCUCAACGACGACGAGACGUCCGGAGAGAGCGAGAACGUGUCCAAAACCUGCAUCUAUGACGGCUGCACGGAGACCACGACUCAGGUGGCCAAAGCCAGGAAGCCCUGGAUGUGCAAAAAACACCGGAAUAAAAUGUACAAGGACAAAUAUAAGAAGAAGAAAAGCGACCAGGCCAUGUCGACUGGGAAACUAGACGAGGGCACGGAGGAGAGGCCUGUGUCCGUUACUAAGCAACGGCUGGGUACCAUCGGAGACAGGCCAGCCAGACCCUCUCUCAUCGAGCAGGUGCUGAACCAGAAGAGACUGUCUCUUCUGAGGAGUCCAGAAGUCAUCAGCUUCCUUCAGCAGCAGCAGCGUUUACUGACCACACACAAUCGGGAUCAAACACAGCACAACUUCUGAACGUCUGCACAUGCUUUACUCAUCAUGUUGAGGAUUUAAAGCGCUCACAAUGUCACCGAAAUUUUAAAUGGGCAAUAUUCAAUGUGUGAAGACUAUCAACACUGCAUUCUGAAAACUGGGAUGUUUGACAAGGACCCGAUCGAUCUGAAAUAAUGCUGUCAUCAUCGAGCUCAUUGAUAUCAUGAAACUAAUCGGCAGCUUGAUCAAUAAUGCGUUUGACUAGCCAUCCUAGCCUCAUUCGUAUCAUUUAGUAUUUUUAAAUGAAUGAUAAAAAAUAUGAAAUGGCAGCUGGAGAAAUUCAUUUUUAGAGAUCUUAAUCUAAUCUGUAAUAAUUAAUGAAGUUUGACCUUUUUAGCCACAUCUUGACAGUGUAUCUGAAAGACACGGCAUACACACAGAAUUCUUCAAUCAGCUUUAUUAUUUUAAAAGAUGGGUAAGCUCACUAAGCAAAGGAAAUUUGUAUUGAUCUCGUGAAAAUUGAUAAAACUUUAAUUGCAUUAAUACAACGUAGUUGGAUUUUUCGACUUCUGGUGUUUUGUUUUAAAAUGUCAUAUUUGUGUUUGGGCCGUAAAAUAAUCAGGCACAAAUAUAAGAGAGGUUUUAAGAAAGCUAACGCGAGUGAAAAAAAAAAAACAACAACAACAUGAAAUGUUAUAGAAG